CGAUUCUAGACUGGCAUAAAGGGCCAUUUCACUGGAUUAUUGCAUCCUGAUCACUCAAAACUGGGUCCUGUAUGGAAACUACGGUAGCUACACUGCUGAGAUCUUGAAAUAAUUAUUCUAAAUAGGCUGUAGAUUAAUUAAAAACUUGUUUGAGAUUUUUGAAACCUGUUUCUAAUUUGUGUAUAUGCAAAACAGGGUGAUUUCAUUGCUUUUUUGCAUGCUGAUCCCACUAAACUGGGUCCUGUAUGGAAACUACAGUAGCUACACUGCUCUGGAUCUGAGGGGAAAUAUUCUAAAUAGAAUACAGGACCCAGUUUGGUGUGAUCAUUAUGCAAAAAAGCAGUGAAAUCACCCUUUGUUUUUGGCAUUUUCACAAAUCAGAAAAAGGUUUCACUUAAUUAAUAUACGGCCUAGUUAGAAUAAUUCUAUCCCGACUUGAUUAGUGUAGCUACUGAAGUUUCCAUACAGGGCCCAGUUUAUUGAGAUCAUAAUGAAAAAAUGCAGUGAAAUGGCCCUUUAUGCCAGUGGGGAAUCGGAAGCUGUGAAUCGGAAACCAACUUUAGCCUCGUGGUUUGGUGGGUUUCCUGUGUUGUAGCUUCUGCGUUGUAGCUUGACUUUUUCAUUUCUAGUUUAAAUGUUCUAGUUUUUUAGUUUUACCAAGACAUUCUUACUGUCUUAUCAAAAAGUAUCCACAGACAACACUGAAUAGGAGCUUCACUGAUUUGGACGGUCUAGCUGCUGAUAAGAAGAAGCCUAGCUUAACUGAAGUGCAGGACUUUCGUUUUCUCCCGUUCAGCGAACCGAACCUCGGCGGUUAUCUGGGGCAAAGGGAAACCACCUCUCCCCGCCGGGAUGCUGCUCGUCGUCCUGGUGUGCAGCUCGUUGCUGUGUGCCGCGGGUCAGGAGGUGGACCACGACUGGCUGGACCCUUACGACAUGCUCAACUACGACGCUAACACCAAAACAAUGAGGAAGCCUGCUGAGAUCGAGGACCAAAAGAAGAAGAUGGCGGUCAUGUCGCAACAGCCUACGUGUAAUCCGGUGUUCAAGAGGUUCCUGAGCAGGCUCCUGAAGGACAUACGCAGAGUCGGAGAGCCCAGCGACUCAACGGACGUCUUCUAUGACGCCAAAAUCAAGCUGUCCACGCCGGCCAUGAUGGAGAUCCAGUCGCUCCUGGAUGACGAGGACAGGUGGCGAACGGGGGCUCUGGACAAUGCCGUCAGUCAGAUUCUGGUAGACCUCAAACCUCAUGACUACGAAGCCUGGAAGUGGCGUUUCGAGGACACCUUUGGCGUGGAGCUCGACACACUACUGAAGAUGGGAGCGUUUGUUUUGAUCGUAACGACCAUCGUCUGCACCGAGAUCUGGUCGCACGUCUCUUGGUUCGUGCAGUUCAAGCGGCUGUUUGUGGUGUGUUUCGCCGUCAGCAUUGUCUGGAACUGGUUCUACUUAUACAAGAUUGCUUUCGCUGAGCACCAAAGCAAUAUUGUGAAGAUGGACAGUUUCAACGAAAAAUGCACAGGAGUGAAGAAAAUACAGUGGACUGACAAUUUAAAAGAAUGGUUCAGGAGUACUUGGACUCUUCAAGAUGACCCUUGUAAGAAAUACCACGAACUCCUUAUUGUCAAUCCAGUCCUGCUGGUCCCUCCAACAAAGGCCAUCUCGGUUACCAUCACAACCUUUAUCACAGAACCUCUGAAGCACUUGGGCCAGGGAAUCAGCGAGUUUCUUCGAGCGCUUCUGAAGGAUCUGCCCGUUACUCUGCAGAUCCCCGUCCUCAUCACUAUCGUGCUGUCUAUUUUGGUGGUUGUGUACGGGAGCGUCCAGGCGGCCUUCCAGCAUGGCAUCAUGGCUCCUCUGCGCGGUCCACGAAGGGACCCGCCCCCUCCGGAGCUGGGGCCCCCGAAGCCCCAACCUCAACCUCGCCCCUUAAGGAUGGAGGGCCACGAUGCCUUAGCCGGGGGGGAUGCACCGGCCCGCGCGCAGGCGCCCGCCCCAGAGCGCAUCCCGCGGGGCCAGGCCGACGACGUCCGGCUAAACAGGAACAACGUCCAUCAGCGGCGGCCCCGCAGGGUCAGGGAGCCACCGGCUCCCAUCGCCGUGGAGACCCUACGGACUGUAAACCCUCAGUACAGCGAGGAUGAGACGGACGCCGAGCGGCACGCGGAAAGCACCGAGGUAACGGAGAACCCGUCCACAGGGAUCCUGAGUCCUCCGUCCCUCCGAGGCAUGUCGAGACCGUCGGUGUUCCCGUUCAGGAGACGAGUCCCGAGGCAGAGGCGCCGCUGUAGGAGGCUUCACAUCUGAUGCAAAGAAGAAAAACCCGCAGGACUCACCUCCACUCAACUCCAAACCAUCUCCAAUCAUUGUUUUAGGAAGAGUUUGAUUUGCACAUUUGUCUGGUGUAAAGAAAAACACGACACCAGGCCGCUCAUGAAGCAGCCCAACGGAAAACGGUCAGCUUUGAAAUUUGGGCAUGAACUCGUUUUUGUCACUUUCAAGGAAGAGCAGCGUGUCUUAUUGACUUUUAGGAUAUGUUUGUGACUUUAAUGCAUCGAAGUCCGGCACACUUAAUCGGUUUUCUCUGUAAAGUGCCAACGUUUGGUAAACUGCACUAAAAGUGCCUAAUGCGUGCAGCAUGGCUCAGCGUAAAGAGGAAAACUCUGAAUAUAAUCAAAUCAGAAAAUAUGAUGUAGAAGUCUGAUUUAAUUUUUUUUUAUGUAUAGAUUUUAAAUACAUAGAGAUAUUUAUUUUUAAGGUGACAAUAAGGGAGAGUAGUAAAAGCACUAAAUAAUGCACCUGCAGGGUUAUUUAUGUAUUCUUCUCAUUUAUAGUAUUUUUGUCCCUUUUAGUCGUUAUUGAUUUUAUAGGCUUUGCAAGUUUUUAGUUAGUUUCUCUUAGUUCAACCUACUGAUGAUACCUGUCCAAGACUUGUGGACCUAACCUGACCUGUCAUCUCACAAUGAGUUCAACUCAUAACCACCAACAGCUGCAUGCAGGCUGAGAUGGGAAUUAUGCACUUAUCUGUGUGGACAUUUUUGUAAUAAAUUCUGCAGCAGACAUAAUGAAUGUCCUCAAAGUUUUAAUUGAGCUUUUUGUAAGAACAUCUUCCUGUGAAAUAGGCAUUUUCUAGAUUAUGCCAUUUUUAAAAAUGUGAAUUUUUUUUAGAUGUGGUAUUUUUUGUGACAAAAAUUAACAAUUUUUUCCUAUGUGGACCUUUUUUGCCAAGCAAAACCAUGUUGAAAGAUAAAGUUGGUGUGGUGUUGAGAUGGAGGUCUGUGGGGGUCGGUAUUAGCCAUCAUGUUUUCUGUCCUGGUUCAUGUGUUCAUGACAGGUUCAGUUUGGCUUAAAAGUUUUUCUCUGUCAGAAAUGUAAAAUUUCAAUACAUUUUAUUGGAAUUUACAGUUUGAAAAAUUACAUUCAGUUUAUUCAAAUAAAGUUUUAUUAAA